CUUCAAAAAGAGGAGGAAGCCCAGUGCGCAUGCGUAGGUUUUCAGGCGGGAUGACUGAAAACACAAACAAGAUGGAGUUGAUACCUGCGCUGCAGUUUCUCAAGUUAGACAAGCUUCCCCCAGCCUGGGUGGAUGCGGUGUGGGACUUUGAGUUCACAGAGAUGGAGUCUCUGGACGCCACCACAGAAGAAGAACUCGCUGCCACCGGAGAGGCGGCUUUCCAGAAGCUGUACCGGUGUCUGCUGCCGUACGCUGCCGAGGACCAGCCGGCUGCAGGCGGAGACCAGGUGUCCCAGAGUGUCUGGGCGCUGCUGGGAGAGAAUGGCGUGUCUGCCAAGCCUCUGGUGGCUGCGCUGGCCUUCUUCAUCCUGUCUGGAAAAUCCAAAACGUCCAGCGCGCAGCAGAGAGUCAGCGGGCUGCACGCCUCCUCCAUCUACCUGCUGCUGCUGGGGAUCCCAGGUAGCAUUGCCAACAAGGUGUUCCACCAGGUUUUGUUGGACACGUGUCUGGGCCUGGCGGCGCUCUGCUGGCCCCAGGACUCUGCCAGGAAACGCAAACGGGACGGGCCGAAAGGCUCGCAGGCCGAGGGCAAGAGAUCCAAACCCCACAGGAGGGGCCGAGACGAGAUGGAGGUGGAUGAGGCAGAGGCGGAGGAGCUUCAUUUCUCUGGCCAGGAGCUGAGGAAGAUCAGAGACGCUGUGGUGCUGCAGGUGCAGAGCCUCCUCAGGUUCCUGCAGAAGUUUCUGCUCAGAGACAAACCGCAGAGCGCCAGCAACUGCUGCCAGAUGUUCAUCAAGCUGAUUUACUUUGAGCCGGUGACCGGAGAGCUGCGCUUUGAUGCUCAGCAAGAAAUCAACGGGCUGAAGAGCAUUCCUGAACUGGCUUUCUACGGCCUGCGGCUGCUCUGCUCCCCGAGCCACGGAGACCAGAAAGAGUCCCUGCGGAGGGUUUUCCACCGGCUGCUCUACGUGAUCCUGAUGAUGGAUAAAGGCGUCAGGGAGAAGCCGACGCUCCUCCCUCCCAGCCAGGCCGUCCUGACCGCCCGCGACCAGGCCGUCCACUUUGUCUGUCACGUUGUGGAGGAGCUGAAGGAGCUUGCCCUGCCGUUCCUGCAGAUCCUCCUGCAGCACAUCUGUUUCGAGAUGGUGGAGAAGACUGAUUAUCGGACGCAUGGAGCCCAGGCGGUCGGCAUGCUGACGUCUCAGAUGGCGGCUGCAGACUACGCUAACUUCAUCAAGUGGCUGUUCGGCUGCUCCAGACACACGAAGAUGGUGUGCCGGCUGUUCUCCGUGGACGUGGUGAUGGUCCUGCUGGAGCAGCCGGAGCGCUCCGAGGACGGUUUGGCUCCGGAGCUCGCCUCCUUCCUGCCGCACCGCUUCCUGAUUCAGACCCUGCUGUUCGGCCGCAGGUCGGACGCCUCGCCCACCGUGCGAGGCCACGCCCUCACCUGCCUGGCUCAGUGCCUGGAGCUGCCGUCCCUGAACGCCACACGGGCCGUCCACAACCUGUUCUCCACCACCGGAGCCCAGACUGUUCUGGAGGGAGAGACCACAGAAGGAUCGUCCGGCGCGCAGCAAACCCAGAAAACCUACCGGACCCUUCCGUUCAGGACCGUGGAGAUCAGCAGCAGCGACACCUUGGCCUCCGACGCAAAAGAGAACCUGGCUCAGGUCAUGAGGCGAGUGGCCGACUCAAAGACCAACGUGAGGAAGUCGGCGCUGCAGGCUCUGGUGGGGCUGCUGAGGCACGGCGUGAUCCCGCUAAGCGAGGAGAACCUGAGCGUGCUGUCGGAGCGCAGCAGAGACCCGGCGCUGUCCGUGAAGAAGAAAGCCCUGCAGUGUAUGGGGGAGCUGCUGAGCGCCAAACCAGGCAGCGUGGCGGUGCAGAAGGCGUGGCUGCAGUGCGUGGUGCCGGCCGUGGUGGACUCGGAGAGCUCGGUGCAGGAGAAAGCUCUGGAGGCUCUGGACGAGGUUCUGCUCAGCCAGGUGAAGCAGUACUCGCCUCAGCGGCACCUGGACGCCGGACAGAGGCUGGCCUGGGACCUGCUGACCCUGCUCUGCCACAAGUGCCCGAACCUCAGUCGGUAUUUCAGCCGAGCCUUCACCGUCUGGGCCAAACAGAACAAGUUCACGGCGGCCUUCAUCUCCCGCCUGAUCUCUCACACGGAGGCCGAGCACGCCGCCGGAGCCUGGCUGCUGCUCUCCAAGGUCGCCGGCUCCUCGUCCACACUGCCCGACAACUGCAGCAUAAUCCUGGAGGCCUGGGAGCGCAUGGUCGGUUCGGUGGAUGCGGACGUGACGACCUGCUGCCACAUUCUGUGUGUGAUGGGAGAAAUCGCCAAGCAUCUGAACGACUACACCAAGUCCAAGAUAGUGGAUGAUCUGAUGUCUUUGUUGAAGACAUUUAAUUUGUCUCUGGAGCUGAUAAGUGCUGCCAUCGAGACUCUGUUCCAGUUCGGCCGCAGCGACGACGUCAAACAGACUCAGGCCUUCAUGAACCAGCACUGUGGAGAGCUGGUGUCGGUGUGUGAGGCGUAUCUGUCCGGCAUCAUCCUGAGCGAGAACGGAGCGCAGAACCUCAACGAGGAGCUCAUGGUGAAGCACCUGCACACGCUGGGCGUGGCGUCGCUGCACUGCCCCGCCCGGGUGGGCAAGAGGACGGUGCUGCUGGUGGAGUCGGUCCUGACGGCUCGAGGAAACACGCUGACAGCGAACAGCGAGGAGCUGCCGGCCCCUCUGUCUCAGUUCAGGGCGAACUCUCUGCCGACCAAAGUCAGAGCGCACGGCGUCAUCACUCUGGGUAAGCUGUGUCUGCAGCAUGAGGAUCUGACUCAGCGGUACCUGCCGGUGUUCGCCCGUGAGCUGGAGGAGGGCGUGGAAGUCGCCGUGCGGAACAACGUGGUGGUGAUCAUGUGCGACCUGUGUGUCCGCUACACCAACAUGGUGGACCACUACAUCCCCAACGUCUCCGCCUGUCUCCAUGACAACAACCCCAUCAUCAGGAAGCAGACGCUCAUCAUGCUCACCAACCUGCUGCAGGAGGAGUUUGUGAAAUGGAAAGGUUCGCUGUUCUUCCGCUUCGUAGCCGUGCUGGCCGACCCGGUGCCUGACAUCGCCAGCCUGUGUGAGUACUGCCUGGUCGACCUGCUGCUGAAGAAGAACCCCACCAUGUUCAGCCAGCACUUCAUCGAGUGCAUUUUCCACUUCAACUCGUACACCAAGCACAAAACCUACAACAAGUUCCCUCAGACCGACAGUGAAAAAGUGCGGUUUUCCCUGAAAGGAGCUCAGCACCGCGAGAAGCGAUUUAGGGUCUACCGCUUCCUCCUGGAGCAUUUCAACGACGCCCAGCGCUUCAACAUCACCAGCAAGAUCAACCAGUCCAUACUGGCGUGCUUUGCCGACGAGGAGCUUCCCCUGGACUCGGACGGCGCCGACAUUCUGGCCGAGACCUUCAGCAUCCUCAGUCUGAAGGAGAUGAAACUGCAGGCCAUAUCUGCUCCAGCAGGGGGCGCCGCAGCCGAGGAGCCAGAGGAGGAGAACAUGGCCACCAUGGCCAAGGCCGUGCUGCAGGCCGCACAGAAGAAGGUGGUUUCACAGGUGCAGAAGAAGGCCUUCAUCGAGUACACCAUCCCCAUCAUCAUCGCCCUGAAGAACCUGCUGCAGCAGAAACGCUCCCCCGUGCUCAGAGACCUCAUGGCCUACCUGCAGGUGACGAUGCAGGAUUACCGCAGCGAGGUGAAGGAGCUGUUCUCCGGAGACGAGCAGCUGGCGGCCGAGCUCGAGUUCAGCCUGGAGAUGUCUGACAAGCAGAGGGAGCUGGAGCAGCAGCUGAGCGGCUGCAGCCUGGCAGCCGACGGCAGGCCGGCACCCGCAGCGGGUUCGGUCCCGGCCUCGCCCGCCCUCACCGCCUUCGCCACGCCGCAGCCGCCCAGAGCCAACAUGGCCGCCCUGCUGCGCGCCAGGCUGUCUCACACCGACAGGCGUCGCUCCCUGCCGUCGUCCUCUGUCAGAUCGAGGCAGGAGGAACAAGGAUCCAAGUCGCUCUGUCUGGAGGGAUCAGUCAUCACAAAGGGAGCCGGGAAGGACCGAGCCAUCAGCACACCCAAAGGCAUCGACUUCAACAUAACAUUUGGUGAAGGCCUCAGCGCCAUCUUCAGCCACCGAGGAAGCAGUGUGUUGGAGGAGGACAGCGUGCUGAACGUGCAGAACACUGAGCAGCCAGCUGCAGGGCCGAGGCAGUGGAACGUCCAGUCUCCUCUCCGCCAGAAGAAAAGACAAACCAGAAAGAGAAAAUGAAAGCAGCUGUGUUCACACCCUCUUCUGGAAACUUUGAACAUUUAUUUUUUCUGUUAUUUUUUUUUGUCAAUAAAAAAUGUGUUCGCAUCA